GGCUGGCGGGCGGGGGGCGGGCGCUGGGCAGGGCCGGGCGGGCGGGGAGCGCCCCGCCGGGAAGGUGGGUGAGAGGGGAGCGCGCCCCGCGCCCCUGCGCCCGCCCGGCCCGGCCCGGUCCUCGCACUUUCCCGCCGGCCGCGCGGACGGGACGGCCCGCUGCCCCGGGUACCGCGGCGAGGAACCCCAGCUCGGCCCGGACAGCCCGCGCCCCCUCCGCGCGCCCCCGGCCCGGCGCUCGGGGGAGGGGGCAGGCCGCCACGUCCCCCCGCACCCCUCCCCGCCGCCAGCGGCUCUGGGGCCCCGGUGGGGAGCAGGGGGCUGAUUAGCCGAGGAGCAGGGGUGUGGCCAGCGGGGCCCCGGGUAGUGAGUCACACACGCCUGCUCGCCCAGUCCCAGUCCCGGGGCGAGCGCGGUCCCUGCCCGAGUCGCGCUGCCUGGCCCGAAGUGUCCUGGGGCUGGGCAUGAGGACCCUGGGGUGCCGAGGGAGGGGCUGACGCCCAGCGCGGUGGUGGAUGAGGGCGGACAGAAUGACUGAGAGCAUGAAGGAGUGCCUGGCGCAGACCAAGCCGGUGGUGGGGGACAUGGUGACGGUGGUGAAGACAGAGGUCUGCUCACCACUCCGAGACCAGGAGUAUGGCCAGACCUGCUCUAGGAGGCCAGACCCGGCAACCAUGGAAGUGGAGCCCAAGAAGCUGAAGGGGAAGCGUGAGCUCAUCGUGCCCAAAACCUUCCAGCAGGUGGACUUCUGGUUCUGCGAGUCAUGCCAGGAGUACUUCGUGGAUGAGUGUCCAAAGCACGGCCCCCCGGUGUUUGUGUCGGACACCCCGGUGCCUGUGGGCAUCCCCGACCGGGCAGCCCUCACCAUCCCGCAAGGUGUGGAGGUGGUCAAGGAGGCCAGCGGCGAGAGCGACGUGCGUUGCAUAAACGAGGUCAUCCCCAAGGGCCAUAUCUUUGGCCCCUAUGAGGGCCAGAUUUCCACACAGGACAAGUCAGCUGGCUUCUUCUCCUGGCUGAUCGUGGACAAGAACAACCACUACAAGUCCAUCGACGGGUCAGAUGAGAGUAAAGCCAACUGGAUGAGGUAUGUGGUUAUCUCCCGGGAGGAGAGGGAGCAGAACCUGUUGGCGUUCCAGCACAGCGAGCACAUCUACUUCCGGGCGUGCCGGGACAUCCGGCCCGGGGAACGGCUGCGGGUCUGGUACAGCGAGGAUUACAUGAAGCGGCUGCACAGCAUGUCCCAGGAAACCAUCCACCGAAACCUGGCCAGAGGAGAGAAGAGGCUGCAGAGGGAGAAGUCUGAGCAGGCUCUGGAUAACUCAGAUGACCUGAGGGGUCCCCUGCAGCUCCCCAUGUUGAGACAGGGCAAGAGCCCCUACAAGCGUGGCUUAGAUGAGGGGGACCUGCACCCCCAGGCCAAGAAGAAGAAAAUCGACCUCAUUUUCAAAGAUGUGCUGGAGGCCUCGCUGGAGUCCACCAAGGCAGAGGCCCGCCAGCUUGCGCUGAGCACGUCGCUGGUCAUCAGGAAAGUCCCCAAGUACCAGGACGACAUCUACGGCCGAUGUCCGAUGGUCAUGACACAUGGUAUGCAGAGUGUCAGCCGGACCCAGGGGGACGGAGACUGGAAGAUGCCCCAAGGGGGUGCCAAGGAAACAGGCCCUUUGGAGGACGAAGAAGAAGAGCCUUCGUCCUUCAAGGCCGACAGCCCAGCCGAGGCCUCUCUGGCGUCCGACUCCCAUGAGCUCCCCACCACCUCCUUCUGUCCCAACUGCAUCCGCCUCAAGAAGAAGGUCCGGGAACUGCAGGCAGAACUGGACAUGCUAAAGUCUGGCAAGCUUCCGGACCCCCCUGUACUGCCGGCACAGGUACUGGAGCUCCCAGAGUUCUCAGACCCGGCAGCCUCCGAGAGCAUGGUGUCCGGCCCCGCCCUCAUGGAGGACGACGACCAGGAGGUGGACUCGGCGGAUGAAUCGGUCUCCAACGACCUGGCAGCCUCUGCCGACGAGCCCUCCAAGCUGUCGUCCGCCACGGGCCGCCGCAUCCGGCGCUUCAAGCAGGAGUGGCUCAAGAAGUUCUGGUUCCUGCGCUACUCGCCCACGCUCAAUGAGAUGUGGUGCCACGUGUGCCGCCAGUACACCGUGCAGUCGUCCCGCACCUCGGCCUUCAUCAUCGGCUCCAAGCAGUUCAAGAUCCACACCAUCAAGCUGCACAGCCAGAGCAACCUGCACAAGAAGUGCCUGCAGCUGUACAAGUUGCGCAUGCACCCCGAGAAGACAGAGGAGAUGUGCCGCCACAUGACCCUCCUCUUCAACGCCGCCUACCACCUGGCCCUGGAGGGCCGGCCCUACCUGGACUUCCGGCCGCUGGCCGAGCUGCUGCGCAAGUGUGAGCUCAAGGUGGUGGACCAGUACAUGAACGAGGGCGACUGCCAGAUCCUCAUCCACCACAUCGCCCGGGCGCUGCGGGAGGAUCUGCUGGAGCGCCUCCGCCAGUCACCCUGCCUCAGCAUCAUCCUGGACGGCCAGAGCGAAGACCUGCUGGCCGACACGGUGGCCGUCUACGUCCAGUACACCAGCGGCGAUGGGCCCCCCACCACCGAGUUCCUGUCCCUGCAGGAGCUGGGCUUCUCCGGCACGGAGAGCUACCUGCAGGCGCUGGACAGGGCCUUCUCUGCCCUGGGCCUCCAGCUGCAGGCCGAGAAGCCCACGGUGGGACUGGGCGUGGACGGGGCCCAUGUGACGGCCAGUCUGCGCGCCGGCCUGUUCAUGACCAUCCGCAAGACGCUGCCCUGGCUGCUGUGCCUGCCCUUCAUGGUGCACCGGCCCCACCUGGAGGUCCUGGAUGCCAUCAGCGGCAAGGAGCUGCCGUGCCUGGAGGAACUGGAGAACAACCUGAAGCAGCUGCUCAGCUUUUACCGCUACUCGCCUCGCCUCAUGGGUGAGCUGCGCUCCACGGCCGCCACACUCUGCGAGGAGACGGAGUUCCUGGGCGACAUCCGGGCCGUACGCUGGAUCAUCGGCGAGCAGAACGUGCUCAAUGCCCUCAUCAAGGACUACCUGGAGGUGGUGGCCCACCUGCGGGACGUCAGCAGCCAGACGCAGCGGGCGGACGCCUCGGCCAUCGCUCUGGCCCUGCUGCAGUUCCUCAUGGACUACCAGUCGGUCAAGCUCAUCUACUUCCUGCUAGACGUGAUCGCCGUUCUGUCCCGCCUGGCCUAUGUCUUCCAGGGUGAGUACCUGCUGGUGUCCCAGGUGGACGACAGGAUCGAGGAAGCCAUCCAGGAGGUCAGCCGGCUGGCCGACUCCCCCGGCGAGUACCUGCAGGAGUUUGAGGAGAACUUCCGUGAGAGUUUCAACGGCAUCGCAGUCAAGAACCUCAGGGUGGCCGAGGCCAAGUUCCAGUCCAUCCGGGAGAAGAUCUGCCAGAAAACCCAAGUCAUCCUGGCCCAGCGGUUUGACUCCCGCAGCCGGGUCUUCGUGAAGGCCUGCCAGGUGUUUGAUCUGGCCGCCUGGCCCCGGAGCAGCGAGGAGCUGCUGAGCUAUGGCAAGGAGGACGUGGUGCAGAUCCUGGACCACCUGGAGGCCAUCCCCGCCUUCGCCAGGGACGUCUGCAGGGAGGGGCUAGAUCCCCGGGGCAGCCUGCUGCUCGAGUGGCGUGAGCUCAAGGCUGACUACUACACCAAGAGCGGCUUCAAGGACCUGCUGGGCCACGUGGGCAAGUACAAGCAGAGGUUUCCGCUCCUCCACAGGAUUGUUCAAGUCCUCAAGGUCCUCCCCACCUCCACGGCCUGCUGUGAGAAGGGCCGCAGCGCCCUGCAGCGAGUCCGCAAGAACCACCGCUCGCGGCUGACACUGGAGCAGCUCAGUGACCUGCUGACCGUUGCCGUCAACGGGCCGCCCAUCGCCAGCUUCGAUGCCAAGCGAGCCCUGGACAGCUGGUUUGAGGAGAAGUCGGGCACCAGCUACACGUUGUCAGCCGAGGUCCUCAGCCGCGUGAGCACGUUGGAGCCGAAGCCGGGGUUGCCAGCCACCGACCAUGGGGCCGACUUCUACCCAGAUAUGUGAGCAGCCAGUCAGGCUGCUGCAGAGUUCACUAAGCUGUCGAAUAUUUUUUUAAUCUAUACCCAUAAGCUUUGAUAUAUGAUCUAAAUAUAUAUUAUAUUAUAUAUAUAUAUAUAUAUAAACUCACACUGAAAAUUGAAAAAAAAUGAUAAUAAUAAGAUACCAAGGUGAUGAAUCCACCACAAGCUACUGGGCGCUUUCAGAAAGGAAGCCUGUGUUGGACACUGACUCUCAUCUACCACAUCUGGCAGCUGCGGCCUGCGUGGCCACACCCAUCACUCACGGAAGCCUGUGCAGGGGGCGCCACGGGGUCCGUCCCCACCUCACCGUUCACCGACUGCAUAAGCUAGCACGACGGGCCUCUGUCUUCACCUCUAGGUAGUGCUUUUUUUUGUUAUUGUUUGUGUUUUCAUUGGGGGGACCGAAGGGGCCGGGGUGAUGUUUUGGCUUCUUUUUUUUUUUUUUUUUGUCCAGUUUGGUUUAAUGAUGGGACUCCCCACCCCAUGAACUCCCACCCCCACCCCUGUUGGCAUGACUCAGGUCAUGAGUCAGGUCUCUGGAUUUGGGAUAGGUUAGGUGGUGGGAGCCUGGGUUCGAGCAUUUUUGGGCUAACAGCUCCCCUCCCCACCUUGUUUCCACUUGAGAGCUCUGUGGCCACAUCCUGACCACUUCACCUGUUAGGCUGAAGGCAAAGUUGCCUGACAACUGAGCUUUCGAAAUCCUUGGGGUGGGGAAGGGAGAGGGAGUGAGCUGUCCACAUGCCUUCCUCUCACAGGGUGGGGAAUAAAAUAACUUAAUCCCAUUCAGAACCAGGGCUGACCAGGAACAUUAGAGCCAAGGAGUCCAGACCCUAAAGAGGGAAGUGAAUUUUUGGCUAAAAACUAGUAGAACAAAAAGUCUAUAUUUGAUUUAUAUGAAUUAUUUAUGCUUCAUCUUUAUACUUUUAUCACAUGUUGGGGGUGUUUUAGUUCUCUUCCUUUACUAAUCAAGAGAUGCCUGCCCCUGCUCAGUGGCAAGAGAUGCCAUGCAAGUGGUGUCCAGGGUGACGCUUAAUUCAGAGUCCUUGACGAUGGGGUCUAUCUGUGGCCUGACUGGGGAAACAGGGACUAUGUGAAUGUUUCCUGUUUUACAGGGUAGAGAUGUCCUAAAGAAAAAGGAGGAUAUAAGAGAUGAGAGAGGACUUUCAGGCGUCACCCCCCUCUACACACACACACACACACACACACAGUCUAAGCUUUAGAAACAGCCUCUUGUCCACUCCCUGGGGCAAGUUGUGGUUUUAAGCUCAAGGAGUCUAUCAGUGCUCUCUCACUCAUUGAACUCUCAGUAUACCUCGCAAGGGAACUUACGAACAAAUGUGCAUUAGCUGUUAACAACACUUCUGUUCCUAUUUUCAAGUCCAACGGAUGUGCGUCAGGCCUACAGAGAUGCUGAGUCUCAGGCUCGGGUCAUAUUUGGGGGAAGGAGGAAGAUUUGCCCUUGGGCUGUGCACAGUCUGUCCGACUGGAGGUCAGCCAGCCAUCUUGCUGAGCAUUGGGUGGGCAAGAGGUGGCAUGGUCUGGCCACACAGGAGACCCCUGUGUCCCUGACCUGCCUGGCUCACUAGAAAACUGUGGUGGCUUCCUUCCUUCUUGGUUCCUCUUGUCCCCAAGGCCUCAUGCAGCCUUAGGGACCCUUAGUGGAAAUGUCCUCAACACUGAACAUGCCACUUCCCCUCUUCCUCUUCCUGCCAGUACCUUUGUCCCCCACAUAUCCCUCCCCUGAACCCCCAUGGUCUUGGUGCUAAGAGAACUUUAGAAUCAUUGCUGCUAGUCAAUAGCUUUUUCAUUAUAUAAUUAUAUUAUAUAUAUUAUAUUAUUUUUUGAAACUUCUUUUUGGUUUUGUUUUCAACAGUGAUGUAGCAUGUUUAAAAACAGAAAAAAAAAACUAAACAAACAAACAAACAAAAAACUGGUUUUCUCCAACUGUCCCACUGCCAGGCCUCAUAUGCUGCCUUCUUAAACAAAUCAAUGCACCCCCCUGCCUGGAGACAUUUACACCCCAGACCCCACACCCCUGCCAGUUGCACGCACCUGCCCCCCUCCCCCCUUUCUGCACUAGGAGAGAAUGUGCAGGAACUGGCAGGACAAGGCUCAGAGCCCUGCUGGGUGCUCUGGAAUUCCUGGCUCCAUUCAAUUCCCCUCUUUACGCUGCUGGCUUUUUUUGCCCACUCACUUCUCCUGCCAGGUUGGAAUGCACCCAGUAGCCCCAUGGAAAGUGGGGUACUAUUGUAGAACACAGGGUUCCACCCCACCCCCUCCUGGAUUUUCUCUUCUAAACACACGCGCGCGCGCGCACGCACACACACACACACACACACACACACACACACACACACACACACACACGAUGGCAAGGUACACCUCCCAGGGAGGAGGAGGCCAGAAACAGGUGAGUGGGAUCCUUCUAGCCAACAAUGGCCUUACUCCUCCUCCUCUUCCUCCUCUUCCUUCUACUCCUCUUCCUCACCCUCUUCACUGGGACCCUCCAUGGUGUCAUGCCCUCAACCAUUUGUUUGACAAUCAGGGAAAGAGAGAAUCCUUACUGUCUGCCUGAGCACCCAGUAGGACUGUUUUCUUUCAGAUGGCCAUGGUCAAAAUUAACUCAGAUCAUCAUCUGGAGAGAAAAGAAUCCUUUUGAGUAUUGCUGGUGUCCUGUAUCUUCUGGGAAGGCUAGGAGGGGUGACUUUGUGAGCCGCUGCUGACAGCCUGAAAUAGGACCAUCACCUGCAUGGCCAUGCUCCAGACUGGGCUGAAGGGAGGAGGGUGUUUUAAAGUUUGGCACGACCCCUGCAAAAUUCGGGGAGCUCAUGACUUCCACUGACUUCAACCAGGUUUGGGACCAUGUCAGAUGCAGCCACUCACUUUGCGUGGGGCAAGGAGUAGCACCCAGGAACAUUUGAGGUGACACACCACUGUGAUUUACACAGGGCCUUUUCUCAGUGGAUGCUUUGGGGGGGGCGCCUCUCAGGGUUUCUAUUCUGUGAAUCCUGCAAAAGGAACUUCUCAUCCCUCCCUUGAAAAGGGCCCCUUGGGGUUGAUGGGUCCCUCGAGAUGUAGCCUAGGGAACCCACCCCAUGCUUGGCUAGCCUGGCUGUAGUCUGGGUAGUCUUUGCAUCCGGGUGACACAGCCCCUCCCUGGCUGUGGGCUUAGAAUGAAAAGCUUGUGUUUCUGGGCUCGAGGUAUCUUCACUAGUCUGGUUGCUCAGUGACUUGCUUCUUGAGAUCCCGUGUGACCAGAUGUGUCAAGCAGGGCCUGGGGCCAGGCUGUGAUGAAAAUAAUCUCAUUCUGCUCCCAGAGGAAGGAGGGAGGGAAGUAGGCCUACUACCGCCAUCUUGCAUCUGUGAAGCUGGAAGAUGUCCCACCCCUCAGUCACUCGUGCAGAACCCCCGAGUUUUGCCUGCCUGCUUCAAUGUGAGUCUAGGCAUCCAAAAACACCAUGAUGAUUAUUUUCUCUUUUUCUUAUUUUUUUUUUCACCACUGCCUGUGGCAUUCUGUACUCCCAGGGACUGUAGUCCCGUCCAUCCGUCUCAUGUGAGAGUGAGAGCCUGGGUCCCUGGAUGGCUGGUGUCAGAGAAGGGCCUGACGCUCAGCAGCUGGGGUCUGAAUCUGGCCGCUGCUGUGUGUGUUUCCGUGUCCAGUGGUCUUGCUGAGCCCUCUCUCCUGGCCUUUCAUUUGGAGGCAGAACCCUGCCUCUGGUGUUGUUGUGGCAUUUUCCACUUGAUUGGAAGUGAUGCCCAACAGGAGGAAGCUUGGCCAAUGGUGUAAAUGCUGCAAAAGGUUAUAGAGGGAUUAGAAUGGACAACAGCUUUGGCCUCAUCUGGGUUGGGGGAGGCAGUAGCCUCAUCUUAACUGUCCCCCUGGAGCCCAGUGGAUCCAAGAGGUGGUUCAGGUGGGUGGGAGGGGGAACUGAAGUAGAACUUCUAGAUUCUUCCCCGUCGGUGUCCUCCCACCCCACGGGGAUCAAGAAGGCAUUGUGCAGAGCUGGUCUGGGUUGAGGUCCAGGUAGGGCUUGGUCUGGGCAGCUGGUUUGGACAGAAGGCUUCAGUGGUACUGGACUGAGUAUCCACAAGCCCCCCUUAAAGGGGCAGGCCAGCCCGGGCUAGCAGAAGCAGGAAGACUAGGCUUUCAAAAAUGCCUUUGCAGGCAAGACAGUCUGGGCCCGGUGAGGCCAGGCAUAGUGGGCCUCUUGGGGAAGGUGAUGCUGGGUCACAGGUUCUAAUCUGACUUCUGUCUAGAGGGCCCUUCUGCUUGGAGGGAGGGCCUUGUCCUGCCCCUCCGUUCAUGGGGUGCUUUAGCUGAGCGAUGGAGUUGCAUUUAAGGAGACUUUGUUGUGAUCCUUGUGUGUUAGCCAGAGGGAGACAAAGUGGCCUUUGGGGAGGAACAUGGGCCGACACUCCCCUUCCAUCCAGCUCUCCCUCCCCCAGCCCCAGCCCCACCCCUGGAGAUACCUAUGCAACCCCCCUCCCCGGGCAGCGGGCACCUGCAGCGAGGCAUCGAAUCCUCCAGCAUUUGUACAUAUGGGCGUACACAGUGCGUAGACACACGGAGUGAGAGAUGAAAUCACGUCUAUAUAUCUAUAAAUAAUAUGCCUAUAUAUUUAUACAUUUCUAUGUUUUAAAUAGAUAUAAAAAUAGUCUAUAGAGAGCUGGGCGAGUGUGGGGGCGCCUGCCGUUGUCAUGUGCAAAGAGGGGGCACAGCGCCUCUGCCGGGGGGGUGGGGGCUGCGGGAGCUGAGCGACAGGCAGGCUUUGCCAGGAAGGGGCCUCCUCCUGGGGUGUUGGAGAGUGACCGGGUCCCAGUCCCCCCACCUCUGUGCACUUUCUCUCCUCUCCCCAGGCUGGGUCUGAGGUUGGAAGGAGGUACUCAAGCCCUGAGCUCCAGCUGAAUCCCCCAACCCCACCCCAUGCAAGUCACUGAUCCUGGUGAUUAAAUCACGUCUAUAUCUAUCUAUCUAUCUAUCUAUCUAUCUAUCUAUCUAUCUAUCUAUCUAUCUAUGUAUAGACUCUGCACAAAUUCCUCAAACCCGAUCCCUGGCAAUAGAAAAGAUGCACCUUGGAUGGAGUUUGGUCCAGCAAAGAUGUCGCCUUCAGCCCCCACAGAGGCCUCUGAUACCCCCUACGGGCCAAGCCUCUAGAACCCAGCUAUCCUGGCCCACUUUCCUCCCUGGACCCACCAGGUGAAGGGAAGUAGACAGGGGGCAGCAGGAGUGUUUCCUGGCCAGGACAGGGGGCAUCAGCUUAUGGGAAGGAUGGAAGAGACAUGUUCGCACCCCCCAGAAUCUGGGGAUCCGGGCCAGGCCCACUUUGCACAGUUCCUGCAGCCAGCUAUACUCAGGACCAUGCUCCCCAUCCCUGCACAGAGGCCCUGCACCCUUCAUCCCUAACCCCCACCAGGGUUAGUGGGUUUAGUCCACAUACACUGUUCUGAUUCUGUGACUCCAGGCAGAGGCUAAGCUGGAAGUAGCUCUUUCCUUUCCUCUGGGGAGGGGAAGGCCCCUUCCCCAGCCGCCCCUGCUUCCAACCUGAUGUCUGAGAACAUCUGGGUGAACCCCCGGUGGCCUCUGAUGUGUGACAGAGGGCUUGUGUGGCCCUGACAGAAUCAGAAAUCCAUUUUCACUUCCAGGUUUCUCUGUUUUGUUUCAUUCCCCUGCGGGAGGAAGGGCUGGUGGGCUGCAGGUGCCCCUCCCACCCCCAAAAGGCACUGAUGUCCCAUGCCUCUGCCACUCACCAUCCUACCAACAUACCUCAGUCUCUGGCAGGCCCAGCCUAUGCCAACAGGCCAGGCCGGUCUGUCCAGCCAAUAUCCACCUCCUUUCACCUCCAGGUUGGCCUGGGCCUCCUUGAGCCACAGCUGGCCGGCCCCUGGAUCUCGGAAAUCCCUCCAGUACCUGGCUCUAGGGAGACCAGACCUGGCCCGAGCCUUCCUCCCAUGGGGGCCAAGGGACGGGCAUUCCCCCGGGUAGCAAUCCCACAAUGCACUGUACCUCAGAGAGAGAGUAGGCCCAGGACUGUUGGUCCAGAGCUGGGCAGCCCGUUAACACACAACUCACAGAAAGACAUGGGCCGGGCUGCCCUCUGUCACCACUUGGUCUCCACUCUGACCUCUGGCUCUUUUCUGGAGCCUAUCUCUCUCUCCCCUCCACCGCCACCACGCUGCUCACACGUUCAUAUCACUCACCCAGGAAAACUCAAGUGGGGGUGGGCAGGGGACCUGCCCAGUAGUCAAUUAUCACACAUGUAUGGAUCUGUUAAUACUUUCUUUCUUCAAAGCGGAAAUGACACUCUAAGUGUGAUUAUUUUACAAACGACGCUUUGUUGUACCUGUGUGACGGGGCCUAGAACACUGGAUCCAGAUAGAGCUCUGUUGGUUUAUCCUAGUGUGUAUGCAGAACACCUUCUUUUUGUCAUAUUAUCCUUGAAAUGUAAGAAGAUUGUUAAUAAAAAACAUUUAAAUUUA